UCCUAGCAUGGCAAAUGAAGAAGAUGAUCCAAUUAUACAAGAGAUUGAUGUGUUCCUGGCCAGAAGUCUACUGGAGAAGCUGUAUCUGUUUCAGUAUCCUAUUCGUCCAGCUUCCAUGACGUACGAUGAUGUUACGCAUUUAUCAGCGAAGAUAAAACCAAAGCAGCAAAAGGUUGAACUUGAAAUGGCCAUUGAUACUUUGAAUCCUAACUACUGUCGCAGCAAAGGAGAACAGAUUGCUCUCAAUGUAGAUGGCACGUGUACAGAUGAAACAAGUACCUAUUCCUCGAAGCUGAUGGACAAGCAAACUUUCUGCUCUUCGCAAGCUGCGAGUAAUGUUUCCCGCUAUGCAGCUGCUGUUUAUAAAAAAGGUGAACUUCACCUGACUCCACUACAUGGAAUUCUUCAGCUGAGGCCAAGCUUCACCUACUUGGACAAAGCUGAUGCAAAACACCGAGAAAGAGAAGCUGCUAAUGAAGGUGGUGAUUCAUCCCAGGAUGAAGCCGAAGAUGAUGUUAAGCAAAUUACUGUACGAUUCUCCCGCCCUGAGACCGAACAAGCUCGUCAACGACGUGUUCAGUCCUAUGAGUUCCUGCAGAAGAGACAAGCAGAAGAGCACUGGGUUCAUCUACAUUAUUAUGGCUUGAAGGAUAGCCGUUCUGAACACGAGCGCCAGUAUUUAUUUAGUCAAGGUCAUGGCCUUGCUGAAAACAUGGAAUUAAUUAAAUCUCCCAGUGAAUAUUUAAUGAUGCUGAUGCCUCCAAGCGUAGAGGAAGAGAAUGACAAACCAAUGGCUCCAAGCAAUGUGCUUUCUAUGGCCCAGCUGAGAACUUUACCCCUUGCUGAUCAGAUUAAGAUCCUGAUGAAGAACGUGAAGGUCAUGCCAUUUGCAAAUCUGAUGAGUUUGCUAGGCUCUGGGACUGACUCUACGGCAGUUCUCCGCUGCAUACAGCAGGUGGCAAUGCUGGUCCAGGGAAACUGGGUGGUGAAGAGUGAUGUCCUCUACCCCAAAGAUACUUCUAGUCCACAUAGUGGAGUCCCUGCAGAAGUGCUCUGUAGAGGGAGAGACUUUGUUAUGUGGAAGUUCACACAGGACCGCUGGGUUGUGAGAAAGGAAGUAGCAGCAGUUACAAAACUUUGUCCAGAAGAUGUGAAAGACUUCCUAGAGCACAUGUCUGUGGCAAGAAUAAACAAAGGUUGGGAGUUCAUGCUCCCUUACGAUGAAGACUUUGUUAAGAAGCAUCCAGAUAUAGUUCAGAGGCAACAUAUGCUGUGGAUGGGCAUUCAGGCCAAAUUAGAAAAGGUUUAUAAUCUCUUAAAGGAGCACUUGACACCAAAGAAACAAGAGGCACAAUCAGCUCAUCUGUUGCUGGUUUCUGGGGAGCAAAGGGUCAACAUGGCUAAAGCAAAAGUCAAGCAGAACUAUGGGCAGCUGGAGAAGGACUUCCAGAAGCAAAAGGCAGAGAUGAAAUCAAAUGACACCUCAGCCAAGAUGGAUGUUUCCAAUAUCCGCAUCAAAGAGGAGCCUGUGAGUGACGAGGAGCCAAUGGAUACCUCGGCUUAUGAGGGCAUGAACAAUGGCAUUGUCAAUGGCCUCCAUGCGGAGGAGGUCUCCACGGACUCUUUAAACGGCCACUUGCCUGGAGGCUGCAUUGACCGGGUAGCCCAAGAACUGAAGGCGUUUGUGUCCUCAACAUUUAAGAAACAAUUUGUACUCACCCUGAGUGAGCUUAAACGGUUAUUUAACCUUCACUUAGCCAGCCUGCCUCCAGGACAUACGUUGUUUAGUGGCAUUUCGGACAAAAUGUUACAGGACAUGGUGUUGGACACUGGCUGCAAACAGAUUUUGGUGCCUUUUCCUCCACAGACUGCUGCUUCACCAGAUGAACUAAAAGUCUAUGCACUUUGGGAAGCUGGUGACACUUAUGAUCAGCAUCGCCAAGUUUUGCUUGAAAUCUUUUCGAAAAAUUAUCGAGUGCGCAGGAAUGUCAUCCAGAAUCAGUUGAGUCAGGAGUGUGGAGAAGAUUUAAACAAGCAGGAGGUGGAUAGAGUGUUAAAGGACUGCUGUGUGAGCUAUGGCGGAAUGUGGUAUCUUAAGGGGACGGUGCAGUCUUGACAGCGGUGGUAGCGGUUUCAAGCGAUCUCCAGGACGAAAGAGGAAACCUGCAGCAGGUGGCACAGACAGAGUAAUGCCAUGGCCUCGGGAGUGUGGGGCAGGAUCUGACCUACUUUGGGGCACGUGGGCAUUGCAGACAGACAGUCACUGACAUCCCAACACGCUCACACACGUGUUUGCAUGGCCACCUAGGCACAAGAGCAACUAGGAAGACAAUGUGGGACCCUGUCUGCAGCUUGAUUAAUCUGGGAUUUCUAAUGUACUUAAUUCUUGUUCUGUUCCGUUAUAAAAAAAUAAAACCAUAUACUGACACAGA